GGUAAGGCAGUUGUCAUUUACGUUUCAAACGUUCCGUCAUGAACUUCUUAACUGCAGUUGUUUUCCUGGUAUUUUUGUUCAACUAUAAUAAUGCUCGGCUAAUAAAUUACCACUACGGCAAAGAUGGUAACAAAGAACUGCUUAAAUCAAUUUGGAGAAUGACUAAACCGGAUAACAUAUUAGAUCAGCAUAACAUUGAACAUGAUACAAAUAGAAGAGAUUUAAGAAGUAUAGAUCAAGUUCUAACCAUAUUUAAAAGAACGCAAUCUCCACUGAUUCCAUAUGAAAGUAUAACAGGUGUUAUGAGUGAUUUAAAGCAGUUUUUCGAUAGCAUUAAUACAAACGUUAAAGAAUUGAAAAAUAAUCAAAAAUUAAAUUACAAGAUUCAACGAAAAGAUGAUUUUUAUUAUCCAGGAAAUUAUUUUAGAGGUCGUAAUCCGUCCGAUAAUAUCAGAAAUUUUAUUAGACAUGACGAUGGUGAAUCACUUCGUGGCACUAAUAGCCACGAUCCAGGAAUUUUAUGGACUGGCCUAGGCAAGAAAAAACGUCGUUAAUAAUCAAAAUGAUUAGCCUAUCAUUAUUUCUACUAAUUUAAUUUAUGUAAUAACCAUAUUAAAUUAAUUUAUGUGUAAA